CCUAUUAAAUGAAGAGUUUGGACUGGUUCCUUAGGAAAUCUCUUUUGGCUUUAAAUCUAUAGUCCUUAUGCUCUAUGGCACAUUGGAGCUUAUAGCGAUGGCAUGCAGAAUUCUCUGACUUUUUAUUUCAGGGAUUGGGACUCCUGGGAAUGACCAGAGGUUGCUGCUAAAGUGGACUCAUUCUCUGCCUGCUAACCUGGUGUCCCAUCUAAAGGAUUAAGAGUUUGGGUGACCACUCACUGGUUCUAUGUUAGAAGCACUCAGGGGAUUUGGGCCACAAGAGGUUUCAAGAAUGGUUCAUAGGAAGCCUGGGAGCCCCUGCAGACCUCAGACUCCUUGAAUUUGGGCCCUCCAUCCCCUUUGCAGAUUUCACAAGACUGUACUUCUGGGCCCUCCCUUUCUGGUCACUCCUUAGGUUACAGUGAAGCUUUCUGGCAUAUGUACUCCCUAGAAUUAUGAACAAAUUUCCCCAAGUACAAUCAUCAAAUUCCUCUCCCACUCCUACUCCACAAUCAAGAUAUAUACUCUGGGGGCAGCUAGGUGACUCAGUAGAUUGAGAGCCAGGCCUGGAGACAGGAGGUCCUAGGUUUCAUGCAUGACCUUGGGCAAGUCACUAAAUACCCAUUGCCUAGCCCUUACCACUCUUCUGCCUGGAAACCAAUACAUGUAUUGAUUUGAAGGUGGGAGUUAAGUAUUAAAAAAAAAAAGAUGUAUACUCUGCCAAAAGAUUCCAAUACACAUUUGUGAAUAGGCUUUAAUAUUUGAAAUUAAGACCAUUUCAGGAGAUCCAAAAUGUAGAAAGCAUGUAACCCUAGGGUCUUGGUAUUAUAUGUUCCUGAAGCCAGAUUCCAUCACAUAAGUCCCUGGGAACAAGGGCUCAGCAAUAAAUUCCAUUGGUUCAGUUGAAGAAUGCUAUUCCAGGCUAGGAUCUGAGCACAGCUCCCAUCAUCACUCACUCCUUCAUUUGGAAAUUAUGCUGUAUGGGGGUUCUAGAAGACUCAUACAGGUACCUGUGAAAACCCCUAUCCUGCAAAACGAGGGCUCAAGCCAAGGAGAUCCAGGCAUCAGGACAGACUUUCCAGUGUCACCUCUGCACUCAUUCCUUUCUCCUUCACCCCAAACUUCACAUCCUACCUCUACAAAGUACUAUCUAAAAAUCCCAGAUACACCAACUCAUUAUCUGACUCUCCUAAGAACCAUGGUGGAAACCCCAGAGCAUUCAGUCACUUCUCUCUUCUCCUGUUCUUAUCAACUUUGUUUAGGGAAAAUUUCUUGGUUCAAUGCAUUCUCUUCUACCUUCCUUUUCUGCCAAGAAGAACUGAUUUUUCUUCUUCUCUGCUCUUCAACUUCUCUCUCUUCCCAGGUCCAUUCUUUCCUCUUUUCUUGCCUUCCUCAUAUUGUCUGUCUUCUCAUCUUCCCUAACCAACCCAUUCAUAUCUGUCUCCUCAUCUGAUUCCUCAUUAUUCUGAAACAUCCUCUUUCCUCCUCCUUACCUUUAACCAACGUAGCUAUGAUCUUUCACUCUCCUGCUACAGAUCACGUAAUCAACUCUGUGACAUUUGUUCAGACCCACAAACCAUCUGGACAGUUCCUGCAUGAAUUUGAUGGGGAUGAGCAAUUGCACGUGGACCUUGACAGGAAGGAAAUAGUUUGGCGGCUUCCUGAGUUUGGCCACAUCUUCAGCUUCAGUGCACAGAUUGGGUUAGGCAACAUUGCUGUGGAUAUGGCUAACCUGAAUCACCUUAUCAGGCAAACAAACUACACCCCGGCCACAGUUGUGGCUCCAGAGGUGACAAUAUUUCCCAAGGAACCCGUGGAAGCAGAAGAGCCCAAUUUGCUCAUCUGCCACAUUGAUAAGUUCUCGCCCCCAGUGAUCAAUGUCACAUGGCUGCGCAAUGGACAAUCAGUCACCACAGGGAUAGAUGAGACUGUCUUCCUGCCUCGAGAUGACUACUCUUUCCACAAGUUCCAUUACCUUACUUUCUUCCCCUCGAAUGAUGAUGUCUAUGACUGCGUGGUUGAACAUUGGGGCCUGGAAAAGCCACUUUUCAAGCACUGGGAGCCUGAGAUGCUAACACCACCAUCUGAGAUAAUGGAGACAAUUGUCUGUGUUCUAGGACUGGUCAUGGGCCUGGUGGGCAUCAUUGGGGGUGGAGCAGAUCUGGAGUUGAGGCUGGUGAAUGGAAACAAGUGUGAAGGGAGAGUAGAAGUGCUGUAUCAGGGAAAGUGGGGGACAGUGUGUAGUUUUGGCUGGGAUGAGAAGGAUGCUGCUGUGGUGUGUAAGCAGUUGGGAUGUGGAUCUGUUGUGAAGGCCCAUCGGUACGCCUACUUUGGAGAAGGGUCAGGACCUAUCUGGCUCAGUGAUGUUGUCUGCAGUGGCCAGGAAUCAACCUUCUGGGACUGUGGACAUAGAGGAUGGGGACAACACAGCUGUCAACAUCUUUGGGAUGCUGGGGUGACUUGUUUAGGGUAUACAGAUUUUCGGCUUGUGAAUGGAAGUUCUCGAUGUGAGGGAAGAGUGGAGAUCCAAGUCUCUGGGGUCUGGGGAACUCUUUGUGACUCCCAUUGGAAUUUGUCAGAUGCCAAUGUUCUUUGCCGUCGUCUCAAUUGUGGUCUUGCCAUGAAACCCCCAGAAGAAGUCUAUUUUGGAGAAGGAAGUGUCCAGAUUUUGGCAGACACCUUUUACUGCUCAGGGACUGAAUCCCAUUUAUGGGACUGUCCUGUGACUGUCCUGGGGGCUUCUUCAUGUUCUAGGAGGAAAGUUGCUUCUGUGAUCUGCUCAGGUUAG